AUGGCAUCUGAAGAGGGUCUCUUCUCAUCGAAGCUCAUCUCUCCCGAGGUGUCUGAAAAGCUGCCCGAAGGCUACCAGCUGCGGGCCCUGCGACCGAGCGACUUUGACACUGGCUUCCUGGAAUGUCUGCGGGUACUGACGACGGUCGGCGACAUCACCAGGGAGGCGUUUGAGGAGCAGUUCAAGCAGAUGAACCAGCAAGGGGGAUACUACAUCGUUGUCAUUGAAGACACCAACAGAACAGAAAAGGAGAAAUCAGUCGUUGCUACGGGCGCUCUGAUAGUCGAGCGCAAGUUGUACGUCCUCAUCCCAGCCAGGCUUUACCACCCGCGACAGAACCCCAAUUCAACGCCUGGAGAGGAGAAUCAAUCUGCUGACUAUUUGCAUAGCAUCCACAGCCUCGGUGCGGUCGGCCACAUUGAAGACAUCGCCGUUGCCAAAGACCAGCAGGGCAAGAAACUCGGCCUCCGACUCAUCCAAGCCCUCGACUACGUCGCCGAAAAGGUCGGCUGCUACAAGUGCAUUCUCGACUGCAGCGAUGCCAACGAGGGUUUCUACGUCAAGUGCGGCUUCAGACGGGCCGGCUUGCAGAUGGCACACUACUACCAGGGAAAUAAGAGUAAAUCUCAAUAG